AUGUUUUUUCAAAUCCUUCACCGUUUUGUCAGCAAUCUUUCUACCAGCAAUAUGGGUUUCCUUUCUCUGAUAGUGCACCGGCUCUCAGUUUUAAAGAAGUACGUGAGAAAUAUUCAUCAGAAAAAAGCCAUCUCGGGGCAGCGGCAGGGUCUGCCUUGUAUUGCACCACUCCUGACCACAGUGGAAGAGACACCACAGAUCAUCUCUGCCCGAGUCCGAGGACAUUUUCCAAAGUGGCUCAAUGGCUACCUGCUUCGAAUUGGGCCUGGAAAAUUUGAGUUUGGGAAAGAUAAAUACAAUCAUUGGUUUGAUGGAAUGGCUUUGCUUCACCAGUUCAAGAUGGAGAAGGGCACAGUGACAUACAGGAGCAAGUUUCUACAGAGUGAUACGUAUAAGGCCAACAGUGUUCAAGAUCGAAUUGUGAUCUCAGAAUUUGGCACACUGGCUUUCCCAGAUCCAUGCAAGAACAUUUUUGAACGUUUCAUGUCAAAGUUUGAGCUGCCUGCCAUAACCGACAACACCAAUGUCAACUAUGUGCGGUACAAGGGUGAUUACUACGUUAGUACUGAGACCAACUUUAUGAAUAAAGUGGACAUUGAAACUCUGGAAAAAACAGAAAAGGUAGAUUGGAGCAAAUUUAUUGCUGUGAAUGGAGCAACUGCACAUCCUCAUUAUGACCCCGAUGGAACAGCGUACAAUAUGGGGAACUCGUAUGGCCCACAUGGUUCCUACUAUAAUGUUAUCCGGGUUCCUCCAGAGAAGAUGAAUGUUGGGGAGACAAUCAGUGGGGCCCAGGUGAUAUGUUCUAUUGCUUCUGCAGAGAGGAGGAAGCCUUCUUACUAUCAUAGCUUUGGAAUGACAAGGAACUACAUAAUCUUCAUUGAACAACCUAUAAAGAUGAAUCUGUGGAAAAUUUUCACUUCUAAAAUUCGGGGAAAGGCCUUUUCAGAUGGAAUAAGCUGGGAACCCCAGUGUAAUACGCGGUUUCAUGUGAUGGAUAAACACACUGGACAGCUUCUUCCAGGGAUGUAUUACAGCAAACCUUUUGUUACUUUUCAUCAAAUCAAUGCCUUUGAGGAUCAGGGCAGCGUUGUAAUUGAUUUGUGCUGUCAAGAUAAUGGAAGAAGCCUAGACAUUUACCAACUACAGAAUCUCAGAAAAGCCGGCAAAGGUCUUGAUCAGGUCUAUAAUUCAUUAGCCAGAUCUUUCCCUCGAAGAUUUGUUUUGCCCUUAAAUGUCAGCUUGAAUACGCCUGAGGGAGAGAACCUCAGUCCAUUGUCCUAUUCUUCAGCCAGUGCUGUGAAACAGGCUGAUGGGAAGAUCUGGUGCUCUCAUGAAAAUCUACAUCACGAGGAUCUAGAGGAGGAAGGAGGCAUUGAAUUUCCCCAGAUCAACUAUAGCCAAUUCAGUGGCAAGAAGUAUAAUUUCUUCUAUGGCUGUGGCUUUCGGCAUUUGGUGGGAGAUUCUCUGAUCAAGGUUGAUGUGGUGAACAAGACACUGAAGGUUUGGAGAGAAGAUGGCUUUUAUCCCUCAGAACCUAUUUUUGUUUCAGUACCAGGAGUCAAUGAAGAAGAUGGUGGGGUUAUUCUUUCUGUGGUGAUCACCCCCAAGCAGAAUGAAAACAAUUUUCUCCUAGUCUUGGAUGCCAAGAACUUUGAAGAACUGGGCCGAGCAGAAGUACCUGUGCAAAUGCCUUAUGGGUUCCAUGGCACCUUUGUACCCAUCUGAUGGGACAACCACAAGGUCUGGGAACUAGGUUUAAAACGAGUGUGCUCUGUACAAAAGAGAGAGCAAAAAGGGCACACCACCUCUCAAACCAUAGACGUUUGGUUUUUAAAUUUCUAUUAAAAACAGAAUUCAUGAGAUAAUUAUGGUUUUAUAUUUUCUUAGCAUUUUUCCUUGAAAUCAUUAAGCUAGUGUUAAUACAAUCUUUUGAAGAGAGUUUCAAAUUUACAUUAAUUGCAUAUAUCUUCCCCUAGGUAAUGAUAAGAAUAUGAAACUGAGUCAUUACCACCAUCAGAUAGGUGGGUGACAGAGGUCCUGGGAGAAGAAAUACAAAUAAUCAUAGAAAAUGGACUUUGAAUAUAGAUCUGAAAAGCACCUUGUUCUUUCCAUCACACUCUGCCUGUUACUGUUGGUCCGAUGGUACUCAGAAGACAGGAAGUCUGCUGUAUCAUGCUUGGAGGCUUCUUCUAAACUGGCUGUUUCUCUGACAUCCACAGCAGAUGCUGUUGCAGUUGCACAACCCUCCUGUGGACUAUCUGCUACCACCCCCCAGCCCACCCCCAGCUUAGCCUUGGGAGGUUGUUGUUUUGAAGGACAUCACUAAAAUCAGGCAUUUUUCUAGUCUCCACGUGUAUUGAUUGAUGAAAAGUCAGUAGUUCUUCAUUUUGUUGAGUAACAGGCGGCACUACAGACCAUAUAAUCUUCACAUUUCUAAACACCAGGUUUUACUAAGAGCCCUAAACAGCCUAGAUCUAUCACUUAAACCAUACUCUUGCCAACACCCUCAAAAUUCCUUGUUCCCUUUUCCUUCAGUUAUACUCCCUGCCCUUGGCUGAACUCUAACCCAGGACCAGUUAAACUGUCCAUGCUACCUCUGCAUGUUGAACGUUGGUGCAGAGGGCCCCCAAACGUGUAAUUUGGGGCACCUGUGAACUCAUGUUAGGCUCUUUGCACAGUCCUGGACCAACAUAGUGAGUUCCUUCUCUAAUUUUCCUUAAAAGUUAUUUCAGACUUCACAAACCCUAUCUCAUUUAGUGAAGUGUUCUAUACAUACAAAUGUCACGUGCAGGGGUUGCACUGUGGCAAUAAAAUAAAAGGCCUUAAGUUCCA